CGAGUGGGCGGGGUUUCCGCUUCCGGCAGCGGCGGUCUGCGACUCGGUGCGGCGAGCGAUGGGCUGUUAAAGCGGUGGCAGUGGCGGUACUUUCACUUACGGCCCAGCCUCGAGGGCGGCAGCGGUAGAGAGAAAACAGCCCUUCUUAAUUCUUGAUCAGCUGGCUAUAACAUAACAUUUUACCAUGGCAGAAAUGUCUCCGGAAGAAAUUCAGAUGAGGGCCAACCAGGUCACUGAUGAGUCUUUGGAAAGCACGAGGAGAAUUCUUGGCUUGGCUGUUGAGUCCCAGGAUGUAGGAGUCAAGACUAUCACCAUGCUGGAUGAACAAGGAGAAAAACUAGAUCGUAUAGAAGAAGGCAUGGACCAGAUAAACAAGGACAUGAGAGAAGCUGAGAAGACUUUGACAGAACUCAAUAAGUGUUGUGGUCUUUGUAUCUGUCCUUGUAAAAGGACAAAGAACUUUGAAUCUAGCAAGGCAUACAAAACAACCUGGGGUGAAAGUUCAGAGAUUACAACAGAUAAUGUGGUAGCCAAGCAACCAAGACGUGUAAAUCAGAACCAACAACAGACGGCUGGAGGAGCAAGCGGGGGAUAUGUUACACGGAUAACAAAUGAUGCCAGAGAGGAUGAGAUGGAAGAAAAUCUGACUCAGGUGGGAACUAUCCUAGGGAAUCUAAAACACAUGGCUUUGGAUAUGGGCAAUGAGAUUGAUUCACAGAACAAGCAGAUAGACCGGAUAAAUGAGAAGGCGGAUACCAACAAAGAUCGCAUUGAGCAUGCCAAUGUCAGAGCCAAGAAACUCAUUGAUAGCUAAAGCCUGCUGCCAUUGUCCAAUAUCUUUCUCCAGCUGCAAGCCACCAUUUUCAUGGAUCUGUGAAACUUCCUGUAUCUCAGAAUAAAAAGGGCUGUGAAGAGUGAAAAGGAAGCUGCUUCAUUAGGGUUUCCCUUUUCUUGGCCUUGUAUUCAGACUUGGCUUUGACUUCUCCAGCAAAGUUGCCAACCUAGUUCACUCUUCCUAGAGAAGAAUUGAUCCUGUUUUAAUCUAAUUUUAAUUCGGCCUGUGCAGGGCUUGCUUUCACAGCUUUCGGUUUUUGGUUUGGUUCCCCCCCACCUUUUUUUGUUCUUAAUAUAUUCCUCAUCCCUUCCACUGCACAAACUGUUCUGUUCCAUUUGGGGGAAAAUGGUGGUGUAACAUGAGUUAACACUUGUGGAAAGGUUGGACAGGGCACUUCAUAUGCUUUAUGUUCUUUUGAAUUACCUCAGUUGUCUACCCUCACUAAAAUAAGGGCUUGAUUCUUAUGUCUGGUAUUCCUUAAUUUAGCAGGCUAAUCCAUAGUUUUGCAGGUGGUCAGUUUAACUUCCAAGCAAUUUAUGAAAGGUUCUGGGGGGCUAAGUUUGAACUACCAGAUUUAACAAGUUAUAGUCCAGUGGCUACUACAUUUAGGUUGAGGGCUUUAAUACAUAUUUAAACACAAAUUGUAAUGUUAAAUUAAAUUGGAGGGGUACACAGGCUUUAAUCCAUCACUUUACAUUAAGGAAAAAAUAAAUGGCAUGGUUAGCAACUUCUGCUGCAUUUUUUUUCCUAGCAAUUAUAUCACAACUUUUUUUAAGUAGCCAUAAAGCUUUGGACAACUUCAAAAUGAAUAGAACUAUCUGAGCUCACAAGAGGGACUUUAGACUGAAUACAUAGUAAAGCAGACAUCUUGUACUUGUAUACAUCUGUGUCAAAUGUAAUCCAGUGCUGUAUCAAAAAUCUCAAUCGGGUUUAUAUAAAGGCUUUUGUUCCCCUGCAGUGGCUCUGGGGCAGCUUUUUAAAUCUCUGAAUCAUUAUAAUGGAAGAAAUAUCUUCUGAAGUCUGACAGACUUGUUCUUUUUAAAGCCUGUGUAAGAAGUCAUCCUACUGAAGUAUGUAUGUGUUAUCUUCCCACCUAACCUAAAUGAUAGGUAAUAGCUGUCACAGUCGCAACUGCUUUUUGGAGUAUAAUCAGGCUGAAUUGUUACUUGGCAACAAAUUUACAAUAAGUGACUAACAUUUUAAAUCUUUAGUUUGUAGCAAUGUUUCUUGAAAGAACAAAUAUUUCAUGAACUACUUUUCUUUUCUCCCUUGUUCUGGGAACAAUUUGCUUGCUCUAGUUCUGCUGUAAUAAACCAGCUUAGUGAUCAGCCUUUAAAACGUAUAGUGGGAAAUGAACCAAAUCCAAGUGGCUUACAACCAGAACGUUCCAGUUUUUCUGUAAUAGAGGAGUAGCUAGCUGGGUUGGAAAGGGAUUUGUUCUUCCUAUGAACAGAUUGUUUUGCAAAUGCAUUUAAUCUGCUCUUCCCAGUGUUCUCCUAAAAGUUUAAAACCACAAGUGGAUUGUUUCAGUAGUAGAGAAAGCUGUUAUAAAUCAUUCAUAGACUGAAGAAGUGGAUGCUAUAUGUAACCUAAGCUGUGAUAUUCAGUGCUAGCACUUUGCGGGAAAGGGAAGGUUCUGCACAAGUCACUUGAGGAUUUCAUACGAAAUGCUUUUUCCAGUAAUUGAGUAUUUGCAGCCUUUAGAAAAUUCUGGGCUAAACCUAAUGUGCAAAAAUGUCACAAGAUGGGUAAUUUUGGUCACACAUUAACCAAAUAUUAGGUAUAUAACAUACUCUAACUAGCAUUUUUUAAGCCACUUCAGGGACAUCUUGCUGCAAACAAAUCCUGGCCAUGAAAAAUGAAAGCGAGAUGUAACUAGAAGGCUAGAUAAAACACUAUGGAAAAUCUAGUAUUAGCUUGGUUCAUGAUGCCAAUUUUCACUGAUAAUGGAUACUUCUUGUGGUUGUAUGUUGACUUCUGAUAGAGCUGGAAGGAUGCCCACAUGGGUAGCAAAGUAGUACUCAGAAAUACUGCAGGCUCCUACAAGCUCUUAAACAGCGCAUGGGAAAGUGUUGGGUUUUUUUGUAUUUGUGUUGCUUUAUUUGUUAAAGGGAUUUGAAUACCUAAGAUCCUCCCCCCCCCUCCACUGUAAGUCUGUUAGUUGGAAAAAAACCCAAAACAUUUCAUGUAAACAACAUUUUGGGCUUUUGUUCACUUCAGCAAUUAUGUUCUGCUCGGGAUAGGAAACUCAAUAGUUUCUUUAGUGCAGGGCCACAGAUCACAGGAUUCCCUGUGUACCUGUGAGCUGGAUCUAACCUGUAGGCCAGGGGUUGAGCACCCCUGUCCUAGAACUUCUUCUAUGAUUCCUUUGGAAUACUCUACUUCCCUUUUCCCCUCCCAUCCCCCACUACUGAAAAAAAUUUUUUUUUUUUACCUGUUUGACUUCCCAUGCUGCUGUUACAGAAACUGAAUAUGUUAGCUAUGAAGACUAGUACCAUCAGUGAUGCACAAAAAUGUAAUAUUGCAGGUUAAAACAGUUUCCCAUGUGACACUGCUUGUGUUUAUACAGCUCACCUGGGACCUAAUUACUGUACAACCCUUGUGCCAAUGUGACAGCACAUGGAUACAGCUUGAUUAACUAACAGAAUAUCAGUGUUUUCAUGUUGUACAGAACUGGGGCCUUGAAGGGGUUAGGGCACUGAUGUGUCAAAGCUAUCUACACACCAAUGGUUUGCUUCUCAUUUUUGCUGGCCUAAAUUGUAAUAAAAUUUCAUCGUAUGUACUAGAUAGAAUAAAAGUUAUUUAUGUGCAUAUUUUCUUUUUAUGUUAAGUACAAUUCUGAAUAGCAUACAGAAUUAAACUUCUUUUAUGGUU